AUGACCACUUCAACGAAUGAUAUCAAAACAAUGCAUGUUAAUAAGGGAAAAGAAUUAAGAAUUAUCACUGGAGAAAAUUUUACAUUUAAAAUAUUAAAAGGACAGAUGGAAUGGAAUGGAUGUGAGUUAUCAAAUGGAACUGCACAACCUAUUCAACAAAAUACGUGGUUAUCGUUUUAUGCUAUUGAAGAGUCUGAUGUUGAAAUUAUUAAUUCAAAGAAUUGUUAUAUUGGAAUAAAGUCAGUUGUUGAAGAAUAUUAUUCUAUUUUCAAUAAUUUAAAUGACAACCGUAGUCAUUUUGCUGAAGAUGAACCAGCACAAAUUAUUCUUGUUACUGGUCCAGCUCGUUCUGGUAAAACAACAUUCACAUUACAUCAAUUAAAUUAUCAAGUUCAAUAUGGGUAUAAUCCAUUAUUUGUUGAUUUAAGUUUAUCAACUAAUAUUAUUACUCUUCCAGGAUGUAUUGGCUGUACUGUGGUAUCAAAUACCUUUUCACCAACAACACAACUUGAUUAUAAUUUCAAUCAACCUUUAGUGUAUUGUUGUGGAACAACAAAGAUAGAAGAUAAAAACCCAUUGUAUUAUCAUUACAUAGAAUUAUUAGCAGCUAAUUGCUUAAUGAAAAUGAAUUCAGACCAAUCAGUGAAAAAGAGUGGAAUGAUUAUUCGAUGUCCAUUUAUUUCAAUGGAAGUAAUUAAAAAAGUUGUUAAUAGUUUCAAAGUUGAUUUAGUUUAUGUUAUGGAUAGUGAACAACUAUUAAAUGAAAUUGAGUCAUCUCAAUUUGAUCAUUGUGUAACUUCUUCAUUUGUAAAUAAACCUACAGGAAUUCCAUUAUGUAUUGAAUAUAACUCAUUUAUUAGACGACUUCAACACCGAGCGGUAAAUAAUUAUUUUUAUGGAUGUAGUCCAGAAUCACCACUUUGUCCACGCUCAUCUGUAUUAUUAAGUUUAUCAGCUAAAGUAGUAACAAUCAAAUCAUUAAAUAAUGAGAACGCUGGAUUUCUUCCUAUUGGACAAACUGCAUCACAAAAGCCAUAUGUUGAAGAAAAAGAGAGACAAGAUAUAAAAAAGAAUGACGUAUAUGCUUUAUUAAACUGUACUACUGUUGAUGAAGUAUUAAAUGAUACAACAAAUGUUAUUGGAUUUGUUACUGUAGAAAAUAUUAGCAUUUCAACAGAAGAUCAAAACAUUUCUUUACAAAUAGAAAUUUUAUCACCACACCCAGUUGAGGAAUUACCAAGUACUGUAUUGGUAGCAACAGGAAUGAAGAUAGAACAUGAUAUUUAA